CAUCAUCAUCAUCAUCUCAAUCUCAAUCUCUAAAGAAAAAUCAAGAGGAAAAUAGAAUGCUUUACAAACUCCUCGUCAAUUCCUCUCUACUCAAAGCUCAGAAAAUAUUGUACGGGACGGUGUAGAUGCACUCCAGGUGCUUUGGAUUGAAUCUGCACCGUUCACGUUUGAAAAAUUGUCUGCCUUUAAGCCAUUCUUUCCGAAUAUGCUUCCUGCAAAAUCGGCGUUCACGGCACACGAGAGGCACUGUGAUUAAAGCCUAAAUUUGACGAUCGAACCUGCCUGUCAACCAAUUUUUCUGUGAGAAAAUGUCUUCCACAUAGAAGAUCUCUCUGUUUUUUUUAAUAUAUAUAUAUAUUUCACAAUAACAAGUAAAACGUCUGGAAGCGUGCCAAGAAAACAAAUUUGGUGCACAAAUUUCCAAGUGAAUGAAUCUGCGCCUUACACGUCUGGUUUGGUUUGUUGAGCUCUUUUAUUGAACUUCAAUGGUCAAGGAAACAUUCAUUUGACUUUUGCGGUGUCAAAUUUAUAUGGGUUUCUGUGAUGGCCGUUGGAGUUCUAUAUAAGCGAUUCUAUGCCCCCAUUAUAAUUCCCCCGCGAUCUGUUCAUCAAUCUUGCUUGUGGGUGACAGAGCCGUGGCAGAGAAGAUGCCUCGUUAUGAGUGCCUUCUUUUUGAUCUUGAUGACACAUUGUACCCUGAAAGUUCAGGACUCAGUGUAGCAUGUACCAAGAAUAUUGGAGAUUAUGUAGCUCAAAAAUUCGGACUGGAUAGGAAAGAAGUGACAGCUUAUUGCAGAGAAUUGUACAAGAAAUAUGGGACAACUAUGGCGGGACUCAGGGCAUUGGGCUAUGACUUUGACUACGAUGAUUAUCACAGUUAUGUUCAUGGAAGAUUGCCAUAUGAGAACCUUAAACCCGACCCAGUCCUAAAGAAUUUAUUACUGAGCAUGCCUCAGCGGAAAAUUAUAUUUACAAACAGUGACAAAGUCCAUGCUGCAAAAGUGCUGAGCAGGCUUGGGUUGGAAGAUUGUUUUGAAGGUGUGAUAUGCUUUGAAACACUCAAUUCUAGUCCAGAAACUGCUGAAAACAAUAACAGCUGGGAUGUACACUUUUCUGUUAUCUCCAAGACACCCGUUGUUUGCAAGCCCUCGAUAGAGGCUAUAGAGCGUGCUCUUGUCCUUGCAAAUGCUGAUCCAAAAAGAACUGUUUUCUUUGAUGACAGUCAAAGAAAUAUAGCAGCAGGAAAACAUGUAGGCCUGCAUACCGUAUUGGUUGGGACUUCAGUCCGGACAGAAGGAGCAGACUUAGCACUUGAAAGCAUUCACAAUAUAAAGGAAGCCCUACCUGAGAUUUGGGAAGGGAAUGAAAACUCUGAACACUCAGAAAGAGCAGUGGGUAUUGAAACUGUUGUAAAUGCAUAAAGCAAUCUCAUUUGCAGAAAAUGGGACACCCUUCACUUAGAAGUUUUUGGAACACCUUUCCCAUUUCUGUAAUCUUGAAGGGUAUCUAAUCUUGGGUAUAAUACGCCUUUGAUGUAAAUCAUUUCUUGAUCUCAUCCAUGAAAAUGGAUAUUUUCAACAAAUUAACUUUUCAAUUUGUUCUCAGAAAGAAGGAUCAAGUGCCCUUUUCCCUCACUCUAUUUUCCUCUUCCCAAAGCAUCUUCAUGUCCUGUUUUUUGUAGUGUCUUUGUUGUUCCUUUGGUUGCCCUUUGUUGUCUUCCUAUGCUUAUUGCUUAAUCUUUCUUCAUGUACGAGGGUCUGGGCCCUUUAAAAAUCCCUGCUUGCUUUAAUAAAAAACAUACAGUAUCAUCAAGAACAUUUGGCUUAAAAUGCAAUAAAUUGCAAGAGCUAAACUCAGAACUGUAUGUUGUUUUCAGAUGUAAA